CCAAGACGGAAGAGACGCCUGUGGCCCAGGAGACCACCUCUGAGGCUCCCGCCCCGACCACUGAAGUUGCUGCUGCUGCUGCUCCCAUGGUAGUCGAGGCCCCUGUCUCGAGCGGUGGAAACUCGCUCUGGGGUCUGACAUACUCCCCCUACAACACUGAUGGAUCCUGCCCCGACGUCGGCACAGUCGCUGAUCAGCUCAAGAAGGUUGCCUCGGUCGCCAGCAACAUCCGGCUUUACUCAACUGAUUGCUCGCAGCUGAGCAGCGCCCUGGAGGCCAUCGGCAGCAACAACAUUCCUCUCAACGUCUACGCCGGCAUCUGGGUCACUGAUGGAGUGUCGCGCAUGGAGUCAGACCUCGACCAGUUUGUGGCCGCAGCCAAGCAGUACGACUCAAGUCUCAUCAAGGGCGUGUCGGUCGGUAACGAGGACAUCUUCAAGGGCAUGAGCGAGUCCACGCUUAUUGGGUACAUCAACCAGGUGCGCGCUCGUCUGCAGGCAGAGGGCAUGGGCCAUAUUUCCGUGUACACUACCGAAACCGACGCGCACUUUAGUAAGGCCUUGGCGGCAGCCAGCGACGUCGUCCAGAUCAACGUCUACUCUAUCUUUGACGGACUUUACACGGACAUCAGCGCAUCUGUUGAUUCAGUCAUUCAGCGCGCAAACAAUAUCAGAAGUAACGUCUCCGGCGGCAAGCCUGUGCGUUUCGGCGAGUGUGGUUGGUCGUCGGCCGGUAAUACUGGGCCGAGCCCUUUGAACUUGGCAAAUGAAAUUGCGUUUGCGCGUGGGUUCAAGUGCGCAGCGGCGGCGGCGGGCUUUGACUACUUCUACUUUGAGGCGAAGAACGCGCAGUGGAAGAAGGGCUUGGCAGCUUCGGAGCAGAACUUUGGCAUUUUUGACGCGUCGUUUACUCCCAAGUUUGACUUUAACCUGCUGAACCUGUGCUAAGCAUUGAUGUCUUUUUUUCUAAUUUGUGUGAAUU